AUGUCAAAGGCUCCGCGUGUGAUUUACUGGUUCCGUACUGAUUUACGUCUACACGACUCUCCAGCGCUGGCAGCAGCACUUGAUUUGAAACCGGAAUGUCUAUAUCCCAUCUGGACUUGGGAUCCGCACUACGUGUACCGCGCCAGGGUUGGCGUCAAUCGUUGGCAAUUUCUCAUCGACUGUCAGAAUGAUCUUUCGCAAGGCAUCACCAGAAUCAACAAAAACUCGAAACUCCUUGUCUUGCGUGAGGCUCCUCAAACUUUACUACCAAAGCUGUUCAAAGAAUGGCGGAUCACACACCUGGUGUUUGAGAAGGAUACAGACGCAUAUGCACGAGAGCGCGAUGACAAGAUCUGCGAGAUCGCAAAUGAGAUGGGUGUCAGGGUCAUCACAAAGAGCGGACGAACACUCUACGACAGCGAUCUGCUGGUCAAGACAAAUCACGGAAAACCAACAAUGACCAUAGCGCAGGUCCAGGCCGCAGCGGCAAAACUGGGCAAGGUCGCAGAGCCUCUACCUCCUCCAACGCACCUGCCCGAUUUUGGAGACUUGUCACUAGAAGGAGUUGAGCAGGAGAAACCACAACCUGAGCCUGACUUCAAUCGAACACAUCGAACUGGCGACGAGGGCUCCUACGAAGGUGGAAUCGCAGGUCCCAAGGGUGACUUCUCUGUACCGACUCUGGAAGAACUUGGCUUACAAGAAGCGACUACACCGCAUCGUGGAGGUGAAUCUCUAGCCUUGCAAAUCCUUGAGGGCGUCAUCUCUAACGAGACGUUUACGGCAACCUUCAGCAAACCCUCUACCGCACCGACAGCCUUUGAGCCGCAAUCAACUUGUCUCACUUCACCACAUCUACAUUUCGGUUCGUUGUCAUGUAGACUGUUCUGGCACAAGGUACAAGAAGUGCUUGAUAAGUACAAGGGCAAGGCUUCUGAGCCACCUACCUCCUUGCACGGACAAUUGCUUUUCAGAGACAUGUACUUUGGUGCGCAAGCAGCGAUAGGAUAUCCGUUCGCUCAGACUGCGAUGAACGACCACUGCCGAUUUGUACCUUGGCAUUUACCUUCCAAGGUUGACGAAAAGACAGGGUUGAUCACCGGAGAAUACGAGGUAGACGAUCCACAAAAGGAAGAAUGGUUCAACCGCUGGCGAGAUGGUAAAACCGGGUUUCCAUGGAUCGAUGCCUUGAUGCGACAGCUAGCUCUCGAGGGCUGGAUACACCACCUCGGUCGUCAUGCUGUAGCCUGCUUCUUGACGCGUGGUGGCUGUUACAUCCACUGGGAGCGUGGCGCAGAAGUAUUCGAAGAACUCCUCAUCGACCACGAGACGGCUUGCAAUGUGGGAAACUGGCAAUGGCUAUCAUGUGUUGCGUUCUACUCGCAGUACUACCGAUGUUAUUCGCCGAUCGCGUUCCCCCAGAAAUGGGACAAGGAAGGUGCUUUUGUCAGGAGGUACGUUCCCGAGCUUAAAGACAUGCCUACGAAAUACAUCUAUGAGCCAUGGAAGGCACCAAUUCAGGAUCAAAAGAAGGCGGGUGUCUUGAUCAAAGGCGAUGGCGAGCAAGAGAAAGAAGGCGAUCUAAGCCUAUACCCCAAGCCCAUCUUCGACUUCCCAAAGCAGAGAGAAAUCUGCAUCAACGGCCUCAAGGGUGCGUACAGUGUUGGACUGCACGGAGACUCGCCAAAAGUAUUGGACGGUACCUGGAAGGAAAUGUUUGAUGACGAUGCAGAGGGACCUACUGAAGGACAUAAAGGAGGACCAGCUGGAUCUUUGGAUGAAGAGCACGCUCACAAUACAGAAGACCUCAACCCACACAAGUCAACACCGUCUAAGAAAAGAGGCGCUCAAACCACACUUGAGAAUACGUUUAAGAAGGCGAGAACAUAA